UGCCUCCGCCGCCACUCGCCGGGGGCUGCGUCGACCCCCGAGUGGGGCGAGAUGCUGAACGGCUCCCGCCCGGACAGAGCUCUUAAGAUGUCCUUGCCGCGAAGGUCCAGGAUCCGCUCGUCCGUGGGACCUGUUCGUCCUUCUUCGGGCUAUAAGAAGGCAGAUGAUGAGAUGUCCCGGGCCACGUCUGUUGGAGACCAGCUGGAGGCACCAGCCCGCACCAUUUACCUCAACCAACCGCAUCUCAAUAAAUUCCGUGACAACCAGAUCAGUACGGCCAAGUACAGCGUGUUGACAUUUCUACCUCGAUUCUUGUAUGAGCAGAUCAGAAGAGCUGCUAACGCCUUCUUCCUCUUCAUUGCCUUAUUACAGCAAAUCCCAGAUGUAUCUCCAACAGGAAGAUAUACCACCCUGGUGCCGUUGAUCAUUAUUUUAACAAUUGCAGGCAUCAAAGAGAUUGUAGAAGAUUUUAAGCGACAUAAGGCAGACAAUGCAGUUAACAAAAAGAAAACCAUAGUGUUAAGAAAUGGUAUGUGGCAUACCAUUAUGUGGAAAGAGGUAACAGUGGGAGACAUUGUGAAGGUCGUCAAUGGGCAGUAUCUCCCAGCAGACAUGGUCCUGCUAUCCUCCAGUGAACCUCAGGCAAUGUGUUAUGUUGAAACAGCUAAUCUAGACGGGGAGACGAACCUUAAAAUACGCCAGGGUUUGAGUCACACGGCCGAUAUGCAAACGAGGGAGGUAUUGAUGAAGUUGUCUGGAACUGUGGAAUGUGAAGGGCCCAACCGCCACCUCUAUGACUUCACUGGAAACUUGAACUUAGAUGGGAAGAGCCCUGUUGCCCUUGGGCCUGACCAGAUCUUAUUAAGAGGUACACAGCUUAGAAAUACUCAGUGGGUCUUUGGCAUAGUUGUUUACACUGGACACGACACCAAACUCAUGCAGAAUUCCACCAAAGCUCCUCUUAAAAGAUCGAAUGUUGAGAAAGUGACCAAUGUGCAGAUCCUGGUGUUGUUUGGCAUCCUUUUGGUCAUGGCCUUGGUGAGCUCAGCAGGGGCCCUGUACUGGAAUGGGUCUCAGGAUGGAAAGAACUGGUACAUCAAGAAGAUGGACACGACCUCGGAUAAUUUUGGAUAUAACUUGUUGACGUUCAUCAUCUUGUACAAUAACCUUAUUCCCAUCAGUUUACUGGUGACUCUUGAGGUUGUGAAAUACACUCAAGCCCUUUUUAUAAACUGGGACACAGAUAUGUAUUAUCCUGAAAAUGACACCCCUGCAAUGGCCAGGACUUCAAACCUGAAUGAAGAGCUCGGCCAGGUUAAAUACCUGUUUUCUGACAAAACUGGAACUCUUACAUGCAAUAUCAUGAACUUCAAGAAGUGCAGCAUUGCUGGAGUAACCUAUGGUCAUUUCCCUGAAUUGACAAGAGAGCCAUCCUCAGAUGACUUCUCCCGGAUGCCUUGUCCCCCUAGUGAUUCAUGUGACUUUGAUGAUCCCAGGCUCUUGAAGAACAUGGAGGAUCGACAUCCCACAGCUCCUUGCAUACAGGAGUUCCUCACUCUUCUGGCCGUGUGCCACACCGUUGUUCCCGAGAAGGAUGGAGAUAACAUCAUCUACCAGGCUUCCUCCCCAGAUGAAGCUGCUUUGGUUAAAGGAGCUAAAAAGCUGGGCUUCGUGUUCACAGCCAGGACGCCCUACUCAGUCAUCAUAGAAGCCAUGGGACAGGAACAGACAUUUGGAAUCCUUAAUGUCCUGGAAUUUUCUAGUGACAGAAAAAGAAUGUCUGUAAUUGUUCGAACUCCUUCAGGACAACUCCGACUCUAUUGUAAAGGGGCUGACAAUGUAAUUUUUAAGAGACUUUCAAAAGACUCCAAAUACAUGGAGGAAACAUUAUGCCAUCUGGAAUAUUUUGCCACGGAAGGCUUGCGGACUCUCUGUGUGGCUUACGCUGACCUCUCUGAGAGUGAGUAUGAGGAGUGGCUGAAAGUCUACCAAGAAGCCAGCACCAUAUUGAAAGACAGAGCUCAGCGGCUAGAGGAGUGUUAUGAAAUCAUUGAGAAGAACUUACUGUUACUUGGAGCCACAGCCAUAGAAGAUCGCCUUCAAGCAGGUGUUCCAGAAACCAUAGCCACUCUGUUGAAGGCAGAAAUUAAAAUAUGGGUGUUGACAGGAGACAAACAAGAAACUGCAAUUAAUAUAGGAUAUUCCUGCCGGUUGGUAUCACAGAAUAUGGCCCUUAUCCUAUUGAAGGAAGAUUCUUUGGAUGCAACGAGGGCAGCCAUCACUCAGCACUGCACAGACCUUGGAAAUUUGUUGGGCAAGGAAAACGACAUGGCCCUCAUCAUCGAUGGCCACACCCUCAAGUAUGCGCUGUCAUUUGAAGUGAGAAGGAGCUUCCUAGACUUGGCGCUCUCAUGCAAAGCGGUCAUAUGCUGCAGAGUGUCUCCUCUGCAGAAGUCUGAGAUAGUGGACGUGGUUAAGAAGCGGGUAAAGGCCAUCACCCUCGCCAUCGGGGACGGUGCCAAUGACGUCGGGAUGAUCCAGACGGCCCACGUGGGUGUGGGAAUCAGUGGGAAUGAAGGCAUGCAGGCGACAAACAACUCGGAUUAUGCCAUCGCACAGUUUUCCUACCUAGAGAAGCUCUUGCUGGUCCACGGUGCCUGGAGCUACAACCGGGUGACCAAGUGCAUCUUGUACUGCUUCUACAAGAACGUGGUUCUCUACAUUAUUGAGCUUUGGUUCGCCUUUGUAAAUGGAUUUUCUGGGCAGAUUUUAUUUGAACGUUGGUGCAUCGGCUUGUACAAUGUGAUUUUCACUGCACUGCCACCCUUCACUCUGGGAAUCUUCGAGAGGUCUUGCACUCAGGAGAGCAUGCUCAGGUUCCCGCAGCUCUACAAAAUCACCCAGAAUGCUGAAGGCUUCAACACAAAGGUUUUCUGGGGUCACUGCAUCAACGCCUUGGUCCACUCCCUCAUCCUCUUCUGGUUUCCCAUGAAAGCGCUGGAGCAUGAUACCGUGUUGGCCAACGGUCAUGCCACAGACUAUUUAUUUGUUGGAAACAUUGUUUACACAUAUGUUGUUGUCACUGUUUGUCUGAAAGCUGGUUUGGAGACUACAGCUUGGACUAAAUUCAGUCACCUGGCUGUCUGGGGAAGCAUGCUGAUCUGGCUGCUGUUUUUUGGUGUCUACUCAACCAUCUGGCCCACCAUUCCUAUUGCUCCAGAUAUGAAAGGGCAGGCAGCGAUGGUCCUGAGCUCUGCACACUUCUGGUUGGGAUUAUUUCUGGUACCUACUGCAUGUCUGAUCGAAGAUGUGGCUUGGAGAGCGGCCAAGCACACCUGCAAGAAGACACUGCUGGAGGAGGUGCAGGAGCUGGAAACGAAGAUGGGGAAAACGGUGCUUCGGGACAGUAACGGGAAGAGGAUGAAUGAGCGGGACCGCUUGUUAAAGAGGCUCAGCAGGAAGACGCCCCCCACUCUCUUCCGCGGGAGUUCCCUCCAGCAGUGUGUUCCACAUGGGUACGCCUUCUCUCAAGAAGAGCAUGGAGCUGUCACUCAGGAAGAAAUUGUUCGUGCUUAUGACACCACUAAAAAGAAAUCGAGUGAAAAAUAAGAGUUGCAUUAUCCUGAUUGAUGCUAGGAAGGAGAUGCGAUUUAUUGCGCCCAUUGUGAACGUGUGUCUUUGUCAGAAGAGACUGGUGUCAGCAGCCAAAACACGGGGAAACACAUUUCUGUGGCCUUAGCCAACCAGUUUGUUAGUUAUCUAUUCCCGCACAAACCUGGGGUAUGUACCACGGAGGAAGCCAUUUCUCCCUCCCAAUUUGUCUGCAGUGCUUGGCCUAACCUUUGUUUACCUUGUUAUGAAGCGUUCAACUGUGCUCUGUGAAGUGUGAAAUUAAAAACAUUAUGUUACACUGAUAUUUAAACAUCAGUACAAGUUGUUCUGGGAGCAAAGAUAAAAGAGUUUCAUGUUGCGUGAGAAACCCACCUUGUGACAGGGAGCCAGGACACCCUUGUUUCCUGUUUCGUUACCUCACAGAUUGAAGUCCACGGGGCAGCAUGUAAACUUCACUUUAGGCAAGUUGCUGUCUUGCUUUGUUUUCUCUUUUGUUUGUAUGAAAUUGGCAUAAACUUCUUGAUUGCAAUGAAAUCACAAAUAUGUGUAUCUGGGGGGGAAACCUGAGAAUGUCGAGUUGAAUCCCUUCGCCACACUCCCAGUGAGGCAAACCAUCAAUGUCCAACAGCAUCUCCUGUACCUUCCUAGGUGCCUUCCAGCCCAGCCCUCCCAUUCACCCAAGUUCCUCAUCCCAGACAUGCAUGGCUGGCCACCCACUCAGUGCAUGGCCGCUGGUGGGCACCAGUCCAAGUCCACACUCUUUCUACCACAGAUCCAGAUACAUAUGCAAGAAAUCCCUUCUCCCACCACCCUUUCCUGCACAUAUUCUAAAUGUUUAUCUGCCUCUUUGUGGUGAAGGAAGGCUGUGGGUCAGGGUGGUGGGGGAGACCUGCUCUGGUCCAGCUCUCAGUAUCACUUCCCAGCUUCUAGACCACUGGACCCCUGGCAUGCACAUAACUUUGAACCCACACUUGUCUUCUUGGGAAUUGAGGACACAUUUUGGAUUUUCGCCAUUGGAAAAUGAAUGAAUUUAGAGCACGUCUCCCCAGCAAAGGAACACACCUGUUACUCUGUAGUUCUAGAACCAGAAAGGAUGUGCAAACCCAGAUGAGAGAGUGAGGGCCUCCGGGUGUGGGGAAGGAGGAUGACUGCAGAAGGAGGAAGCGCAAACCAAGGACACAGACACAGGGAGGAGGACUUAGGAGACAUUUCCCACUGAAUCUGAGUGGAAACUCUGAAAUCAAGCCCUGAAGCCCAGACAAUUGUCCUGAUCAGCCUAAUGUGUCCAGAAGGUUAAUCAGGAUGUUGACAGGCAGUUUUAAUUGCAACAAAUUCAAAAUAUUUGAACACCCUUUUUUUAUAUCAACAGGUUUCCUUCCUUAUUCAAUCAGUGUUAGGUACAGGCACUGCUCACAGUAGGAACUAUCCUGAGUGUAAAAUGAGGAAGGGACAUAAUUGACUUUCCGAACUGCAGAGCCCCUUGUUCUAAAUUUGGACAGAACCUCAAUGCCUUCGGGCAGCAAUGUGAGCACCUGGAGCCCUUAAUAAACGACCAGCCUGGAGGCACGUUCUCUCCUCUCCGCUUUGGUUGCCAAACCAGAUUUUUGGAUGGCUUAACAUAAAUACUUCUGGGCAGCUGUUGCUGGUUACAGUGGCACAGCUCCUCUGGGAAUGGCUGUGCUAAAUUAGGAAACAGAACAAUAGUGCACUUUGCCUCCUAGCCCUUUAUUUUUAGAACAUCUGCAGCUUAACAGGCAUUGAAAUAAUUUAGAGUAUGAUUUGCAUUGACUAAGAAAACUAAUCCCUGACUUCCGUUCAAGAUGGCAGUGUAGACAGACAUGGCUCACUUCUUCACACAACCACAUCAAAAUUACAACUAAAAUAUAGAACAACCAUCACUCAGAACCAUCAGAAAUUGAGUUGAAUGGAAUUCUGACAACUAUGGAAUUAAACAAACCACAUCCAUCCAGACUGAGCCAGUAAGCUGGUAUCAUAUUUGAGACUUCAUCAACCUGGCUAAUACUACUUGACCCACCUUGGAGAUCCCCAGAGACUCUGCCACACCCAACUUAUGGCCCCACCCAACUUACAGGCCUACCCAAGCUGCUUUUCCAUAUGAAUGGCUGGUCUUGGCUCAUGCUUAACAACUUCCUGAGUCCUCUCAAACAAGCAACAGCUGGCUUCAGUGAGCCCUAGGUCCAGCAUUAGCAGCAGUCAACCUAGAUUUACAGCUUGGCUUUACCUGGGAAUCUCCAAGUUCAGCACAAGUAGCAGC